AACUGAUGCAAACCCGCUUCCAGCUUCAAACACCGUAACUGAUGCAACCCCGCUUCCAGCUUCAAACACCAUAACUGAUGCAACCCCGCUUCCAGCUACAAACACCGCAACUGAUGCAACCUCGUUUCCAGCUACAAACACCGUAACUGAUGCAUACCCGUUUCCAGCUUCAAACAACGCAACUGAUGCAACCCCGCUUCCAGCUACAAACAACGCAACUGAUGCAAUCCCGCUUCCAGCUCUAAACAACACAACUGAUGCAACCCCGCUUCCAGCUACAAACACCGUAACUGAUGCAAUCCCGUUUCCAGCUUCAAACAACGCAACUGAUGCAACCCCGCUUCCAGCUACAAACACCGCAACUGAUGCAAUCCCGUUUCCAGCUACAAACACCGCAACUGAUGCAACCCCGCUUCCAGCUACAAACACCGUAACUGAUGCAAUCCCGUUUCCAGCUUCAAACAACACAACUGAUGCAACCCCGCUUCCAGCUACAAACAACGUAACUGAUGCAAUCCCGUUUCCAGCUACAAACAACGCAACUGAUGCAACCCCGCUUCCAGCUACAAACACCGCAACUGAUGCAAUCCCGUUUCCAGCUACAAACACCGCAACUGAUGCAAUCCCGUUUCCAGCUACAAACACCGCAACUGAUGCAAUCCCGCUUCCAGCUACAAACAACGCAACUGAUGCAAUCCCGUUUCCAGCUACAAACACCGCAACUGAUGCAACCCCGCUUCCAGCUACAAACACCGUAACUGAUGCAACCCCGCUUCCAGCUUCAAACACCGUAACUGAUGCAACCCCGCUUCCAGCUUCAAACACCGUAACUGAUGCAAUCCCGUUUCCAGCUUCAAAACACAACUGAUGCAACCCCGCUUCCAGCUUCAAACACCGUAACUGAUGCAACCCCGCUUCCAGCUUCAAACACCGUAACUGAUGCAAUCCCGUUUCCAGCUUCAAAAAACACAACUGAUGCAACCCCGCUUCCAGCUACAAACAACGCAACUGAUGCAAUCCCGUUUCCAGCUACAAACACCGCAACUGAUGCAACCCCGCUUCCAGCUACAAACACCGUAACUGAUGCAAUCCCGUUUCCAGCUUCAAACAACACAACUGAUGCAACCCCGCUUCCAGCUACAAACAACGUAACUGAUGCAAUCCCGUUUCCAGCUACAAACACCGCAACUGAUGCAACCCCGCUUCCAGCUACAAACACCGCAACUGAUGCAACCCUGCUUCCAGCUACAAACACCACAACUGAUGCAACCCCGCUUCCAGCUACAAACACCGUAACUGAUGCAACCCCGCUUCCAGCUUCAAACACCAUAACUGAUGCAACCCCGCUUCCAGCUUCAAACACCGUAACUGAUGCAAUCCCGUUUCCAGCUUCAAACAACGCAACUGAUGCAACCCCGCUUCCAGCUACAAACAACGCAACUGAUGCAAUCCCGUUUCCAGCUACAAACAACGCAACUGAUGCAACCCCGCUUCCAGCUACAAACACCGCAACUGAUGCAACCUCGUUUCCAGCUACAAACACCGUAACUGAUGCAUACCCGUUUCCAGCUUCAAACAACGCAACUGAUGCAACCCCGCUUCCAGCUACAAACAACGCAACUGAUGCAAUCCCGCUUCCAGCUCUAAACAACACAACUGCAACACCACUGCCUUCAUUUGAAACCAUCCCAGGCUUUGCCUCACUGGCAUAUAUGGAGAUGAAGAUGACUUCCAUUGGAGAGGUCAGCAAUGGAACCAUCAUUGAACUUAUUGAACAGUUUUUUAGCAAACAGCUCCUGAAUGGAACAGCCCAAACAGUCACUGUGACAAAGAUUCAAAGGGUUGGAGCAACAACUGCAGCCCCCACAACUCUGGCUGUAACCAAUUCAAACCAGCCACCAUGUCUCCAGUUCCAACCACCACAAUUGCAGCAACCUUAACUCCAGUUCCAAUCACCAUACCAGGUGAAACCACCCCAGAUGAAAUCAUCAUUGAUCCUACCAUCGUCAUAGAUACUACCUCCACCACAGGUGAAACCACCACAGGUGAAAUCAUCAUGGAUCCUACCAUUACACUACCUCCAACCACCACCGAAGCCACAACAAUACCGACACAAACCACCACAACUGCAGCAACCACAACUCUGACCACAGCCACCACAACUGCAGUAACUACCACAACUUGAGCCACCACAACUUGGACAGCAACCACAACUGCACUGCAGCCUCCACAUCUCUGGCUAAAUAAUGUUUAUAGAUGCUUUACAAAUUAUUUACAGUUUUUUCAAUGGUUUACGCACAUUUUCUGAAAGCAAACCUCAUAUGCUUAGAACACACAAAUCCAAAAACACAAAUACAUAAGCCAAAACACAAGAAAUCUCCUUCAAACUGAAACUUCGUUCAAAACAAUUAGAUGUCUCCCCAAAUGUCAUUUUGUUUUAAAAUGACAGACACACACACACACACACACAAACACACACACAAAC